AUGCUCAUCCAUACUGUGGUCCUUUGCCUGAGUGCAGCCGUCUCGACUGUGCUCGGCACACCCCUGCAACAUGCUGUAGCUCCGACCACCUUCUCCAACAAGGUGAUUUUCACGCCGCCACAGGACUACACCGACCCUCGCGUCCUGUAUGCGCGCACUGUAGAGCUCGCAGACGGCACGCUGUUGGCCACUUGGGAGAACUACUCGCCGGAGCCGCCGCUGGUGUACUUCCCCAUCUACGAGUCCAAGGACUAUGGCGUCUCCUGGAAGAUGAUCUCCAAGGUCACCGACGACGUCAACAACUGGGGCCUGCGUUACCAGCCGUUCCUGUACGAGCUGCCCGAGGACCUCGGCGAGUUCAAGGCCGGCACCAUCCUGUGCGCCGGCAACAGCAUCCCGACGGACCUGAGCCAGACUCGCAUCGAUGUCUACGCCAGCACGGACAAGGGCCACACCUGGGAGUUUGUCAGCCAUGUCGCGGCCGGUGGUGUUGCGAAGCCCAACAACGGCGAGACGCCCGUGUGGGAGCCCUUCCUCAUGAUGUACAAGUCUCAGAUGAUCCUCUACUACUCUGACCAGCGAGAUCCCAAGUAUGGCCAGAAGCUCGUCCACCAGACGUCCUCGGACCUCCGCACCUGGGACCCGCCCGUCGACGACGUCGCGCACAGCCCCUACACCGCCCGGCCCGGCAUGACCACCGUGGCGCGCCUCCCGGACGGCCGCUACAUCAUGAGCUACGAGUACGGCGGCGGGCCCGGAGCAGGGUCGGGCUACACCUUCCCCGUGUUCUACCGGAUCGCCGAGGACCCGCGGCAGUUUGCCCGCGCGGCGGACCACCCGGUCAAGGCCGGCUCGACCGUGCCCAUCGGAUCGCCGUACGUGACGUGGUCGUCGGUGGGCGGCCGGGACGGCUCCAUCGUCGUCAGCGACGGGACCGGCAGCCGGAUCUUUGUGAACCGGGCGAUGGGCGACGAGUCGAAGUGGGUGGCGUACUCGGUGCCGCAGCCCGAGGCGUACACGCGGCACCUGCGGGUGCUGAAUGCGGACCCGAGCAAGCUGCUCAUCAUGGGCGCGGGCCACCUGCCGCCGAGCACGACGAACAAAGUGAGCCUGAGCGUGGUGGACUUGAAGCAGCUCAUGAACCUUUGA